CCUCGUGCCACUUGACGGCCAUUGGUUGAAAAGGAUAUAUAAGGAAGACAGUGAGGACUCUUGCCGUCACUGAGGUGUCGCCUUUGCUCCACAGCUUUAGUGUUCUGAAAAUUCAGGAGAAUAUUUGGUCAUGAUGGCUAGAGUAUUCUCAGUGGUUUUUUGUAUUGCUGUGGUUGUUGCUGCAUGCUCUGCUCAAGUUCCGUCUUACUUGAAGAUAUGCGGUCGGAGAGAUCCAGAUCUCAGUGGCUGUGUGAAGACCAGUGUUGAGGCACUCCGCCAUAAGCUCCGCACCGGCAUAUCUGACCUCCAAGUACCGUCUUUGGAGCCUCUGAACAUUGAUGAAGACCUAACGAUAGCCAAUUCCCAGGCUUUCAGAGCACACACUCGUAAUACUAAAGUAUUCGGUGUAUCUCAGUUCGACUUAACCAGAGUCAAUGUCAAUUUGAAUGCUAUGACGUUGGAAAUCGAUAUUGCUUUCGAUAAACUCAAGUUCCAGAGCGAUUAUGACAUCAUGGCCCGGAUUCUUGUACCGAUCACUGCUGGGGGGCCGAUUGAAAUUGAUGCAGAGGACAUUACCGCUAAACUUGUGCUGAAAUUCAAAUACACCCAACACAAAGGCAGACAACACCUCUUCUUUACGUCUACCACUUGCAAAUUAAACAUCCGUGAUUACGAAUCGCAUUUCGUCCCACGACCUGGUCAAGACCAAACCUUCUCCGAGGCCAUCAACAACGUAUUGAAUUCCAGUAAACCAGAGAUAAUAGCCAGCAUAAGCACUGGUCUCGAGAAAGGUGUUGCCAAAAAAAUCAUCCACGUGGCUAAUCUCAUCACUAAGAGAUUCAGUUUUGAUGAAUUGCUACCUGAUCGCGAAUGA